GGCACACGUACAACCUCUACAAUCUUUAAAUCAGUCCAGGUGACCACAAACUGUCCCUUCAUCUGUGCGUCAGAAGCCUACUGUCUUCUGAAGCAUCACCAGACUUCAACGGGAAGUGGUCUGAUGGUGAGAGACAUUUCAGAGCUCUCAAACUUUCUCAGUAUUAAAGAUUAAUAGAAACUAAUAAAAGCGUGUUCUGUUCAACUGUCAAGAAUCUGAAACUGAAACACGGCAAUGUGUUUCUGUAAAUAAAUAAAAGUACUGUGAUGGUCUUUUGUCCAGUGAUGCUUAGACGUUCUAGCACACAGCAUUACCACACUGCUGGUUUCACUGUACCAAACACUGACAGGUUGAUUUCACUUUUAGCUCCGCGCUUCAUGUGUGCGCCUUCAAAUGGUAAGUCCUUCUGAGAGAUGUACAUCCUCUUCCUUUCCAAGAUCACAGACCUCGCAGGCCAAACUCAUGUGAAAGGACGAGCGAAAGAGCAAGAGUUUCCUGUGAGAUGCAUCUUUGUAAAACCACAACUUAUCAUUGCAGGUGGAGUGAGUGAAGAGAUGCUGCUGCUGGUUUAAGUCUGUGCUUGCAUGGCUUUCAUUCAUUUAUGGGUCACAAGCAAAAAGGUUUUUCAACAAAUUAUUAACAUUAUGCUGUCGGGGUGUUUAUCAUAAAUCAGUUCGAUUUUUCAAAUUAUCACAGAUCAGGACAGAUUCUCACUUUUCCCGGAUUUUAUGUGAAACACAUAAAUACGCCUGACCCACAAAAUAUUGUCAGAUAAACAUAACUGUUCGGCACACGUACAAUCUCGGUCUUUAAAUCAGUCCAGGUGACCACAAACUCCCCCUUCAUCUGUGCAUCAGUGGCCUGCUUUCUUCUGAAGAAUCGCCAGACGUCAGCAGGAAAUGGUCUGACGGUGAGAGACAUUUCAGAGCUCUCACACGUUCUCAGUGUUAAAGAGGAAUAUCUGUUUGUUUGAAUUCAACAUGUUGACAUGAUCAUCACACAGAUUGACACUAGUUCUGUCAAUCGACCGGCGUAGGUGUGAAAAUGAAACGCAGCAAAACCCUUCCGUAAAUAACUAAAAGAGCAGUGAUGGUCUUGUGGUUUUGUCCCAUGAUGCUUAGAGGGUCUAGCAUACAGCCUCACCACACUGCUGGUUUCACUGUGCAAAACGCUGACAAUGACUGCAGGCAGGCUGAUUUUCCUUUUAGCUCUGCGCUUCAUGUGUGUGACUUCAGAUGAUGAGUCGGACACUGAGAGUUCCUGUGAUGACUCGGGGCUUUGUGAGACGCACACACUCAGCGCUCCACUUGGCUCCUCUGUCCUCCUACCAUGCAGCUUUUCAACAAGAAGCCAAAACUUGGUGUCAUGGGUCCACGUUCGCGAGAUGGUCCAGCUCAUAUCUAAAGGGCGCGUCAAGUUCCUGGACCCCAGAAAUGGCCGGCUGAAAGCUUUUCCAAACCAUGGCUCAGAGGGGAACUACUCCAUCUGCAUUGACGAGCUUGAAAAGUCCGACCUGGGGUGUUACCGCUGUGAGCAGGGGGUCGACUGUCUUCAAGUUGAAUUGGUAGCUGGGAUAGGUGGAGUGAGUGAAGAGACGCUGCUGCUGGUUUCCCUCUGUGCUGGAGCGGCUUUCAUUGUACUGAUUGUUGGCGGCUACUUCUGCAUGAAGUACAUCUGGGGCUGUAUUAACAGGGCACCUGACCAUGCGAACAAUCCUGUGUGUGCAGGUGCCGGUGCUCCACCUCAGGAAGUGGGCAGAGAACAACAGAGAGGAGAAGACAACCUCGUCUAUGAAAAUGACAACCAAGGCCCAGCGAUCCAGCAGGGCCACCCUUCCAGAAAUGUCAGCAACGUGCCGGGAGUUCAGCCUCACCCGGACAGGGCUCAACCCGCUCAGAGUGGGAUUUAUCCAAACGUGGACCAGUUUCACUUUGAGAGGAUGGAAAGCCACAGAAGAAAACAGAGGUUUCAUAGAGAACUCCUCAGCAGACUACGGCAAGCAAGUUUCAGUCGUCAUUAUUAUGUUAACCAAAGUGACAUCAGCAAGCAGCAAGCCACGUCAGCCCAGACGAGGAAUCAGCGCAGAGGAAACGCCGGGAAAAAGAAGGUCGAAGAAAAUCAGGAAUACAAAAACCCGAUUUACAACCGGAGCCCAGAGCAGCUCAACCACCGGUAGAGAACCAAGGAUGCGGUUCAGAGAGCUGCUGAGAUGUUUUCAACAUCCAUCCGGUCACAAGUGAUUCAUUUAACACAAGUAGUUUAAACUUAAUGCAUGACUUAUUGUGUCAGUGUGUUGUAAAUCGGUUCUGCGUUUCACUGCCUGUACACCUAUGUGUAAAGUUGAUCAAAUGCAGAUCUUUACAUACGGAAAAUUAAAUCAAUAAGUAGGUCUGUGUAGGGUAUGUGCUGAGUGAAAUAAACUUAUGUAUGUGAGUUGUGUAUUAUGUAAUUGUAAUAUGGCCAAGUGAAAUAGCCAGAUGACAGAGGUGCCCUGGCCUGGCAAUCUUGUUCUCCAGAUGUAAGAAAACGUGUUUGGUUGGUAAAGGCCCUAAUAAAUGUCAUUUUUUCACUAAAAAAUUUAAAUUGUGAUGUCAACAUAAUGCUAUAUGAUUUUUUUUGUCCCCAUAUUAUGUCACCCUGGUCAUAUACUUUAAAUAUAAACUGCUUUUUGACAAAAUAAAACAUGUUUGACUUGUGAAUAAAAUA